CUGCAUAUGACGUCAGACAUCACUUUACAACACGGAUCUUUCAUUGACAGCAGCAGCAGCCGGCAAGAUUCCCGUUACACUGCAUUGCCUUGUGAGCUCCAAACAAAUACUUCAUAUUCAUCAACACCUCAAUGAUAUUAACAGCACACGGUAAUUCUAAGUCAUGGAGGGGGGAAGCUAUGGAUAUUCGCGGGACUAUUUUGACCGCUUCAUUCAGAGCCAGGACUCAUCUGUAGUGAACAAGUUCCAGCAGAAAUACUGGAAGACAAAACAGACACUCAUCAAAGUGACCGGGAAGAAAGAGGACGAACAUGUGGUGGCCUCAGAUGCAGACCUGGAUGGUAAACUUGAGGUGUUCCACUCAGUCCAGAGAACAUGCAUGGAGCUUCUCAAGGUGAUUGAGCAGUACCAAAGGAGAAUCUGUAUGCUGUCCCAGGAAGAGAAUGAGCUGGGUCGCUUCUUACGCUCACAAGGGUCCCAGGACAAAACCAGGGCUGGGAAGAUCAUGCAGGCUACAGGGAAAGCUCUGUGCUUCUCCUCUCAGCAACGAGUGGCACUGCGUAGUCCACUGUGUCGGCUCUACCAGGAGGUGGAGACGUUCCGCUACAGGGCCAUCUCGGACACAUGGCUCACAGUGAACCGCAUGGAGCAGUCCAGAACAGAGUACCGUGGAGCCCUGCUGUGGAUGAAGGACGUGUCCCACGAGCUGGACCCAGACACACAGAAACAGAUGGAAAAGUUCCGGAAGGUGCAGGCGCAAGUUCGGUUGACAAAGACAAGUUUUGACAAAUUGAAGAAUGAUGUUUGUCAGAAAGUGGAUUUACUUGGAGCUAGUCGAUGCAACCUCCUGUCACAUGUCUUAACAACCUACCAGACCACUUUGUUGCACUUCUGGGAGAAAACAUCCCACACUAUGGCAGCCAUUCAUGAGAGCUUCAAAGGGUGCCAGCCUUAUGAGUUUUCAACACUAAAGACUCUUCAGGACCCCAUGGAUCAGCUGUCCAAUCACGGGCCAAAGAAGAGAGAGAAGAAGAGAGCCAAGGUCAAGGCAGAGGAGGGGGAGGCCAAUCAGACUGCAGAUGACCUCCUGGUUUCAGUAGAUGACGAGAAUCAUAACGAGACAGGUUUAGAUGACCUGCUGUGUGACACUCCAGAGAAGGACGGCAUUGCCCUGCUGAACGAGAUACUCAACAGCACGUCCCUGGAGGAGAGCGACUUCUCGCGCGAGUGGCGCGACGUGUUCGGAGAGGGGGAGCUGACCGAUAGCCCGUCUGAAACGGGACAGUGCCCGUCUGAAGACCCCGCCUCCUUCUUCCUUCCAUCCCACCUGCUGGACCAGAACAUGAACAGUCUCCAGUCUCCCGCCACAGGGGAGAGGAUGACCGGCACAGAUUGGGCCACGGACAUUCCACAGCCCGUCUCCACGGCGGCGGAGCAGUCAUCUGGAGCCAAUCAGAACUCCUCCAGGCCCGCAGCGAGAGAAAUGCCUGAAAGCUCCAAGGACCUCUCAGCCUGGUUCAACCUCUUUGCUGAUCUGGACCCCCUCGCAAACCCAGAUGCAAUUGGGAGAACAGACAAGGAGCAGGAGCUGAUGAAUGCCUAGAUGCUUCCGUACAACGCUCUGGGUUACUGGUCAGUCAAACUGUUUAGGUGGCAUAAGUGAACACUAUCCCCAUCAGACCAACUUAACCCCAAUCCUGCUGUUUUCUAGAUGUUUAGAGCCAUUGUUUGCCGAGUAAGGGUUUGGUUAAGACAAGAGAGUACAAGUGUUGUGGUCAACCAAAGGAUUAUGACUUUCUGUUGAACGAAAUGUUGAUUGCGUCAUGUCAUGUUUGUUUCUCAGUGCCAUUUCUCCUGUUUCUACUGAAUGGCAUACAGGAUGUAGUCUUAAGCCAUUGCUAUUUAAAUAUAGUUGAGAAUAAGUUGAUUUUGAGUUAAGUACAUUUUGUUUGUGUUCUAGAUGUACUGCAUGCCUCAUGUUGUAUUUCACAUUUGUAUUCUGUUUGGGACACUAAUAAUUAUUACUGAUGACUGAAAACUUCCCAUGAUGGUUUGUGGAGUGAGAAAUUCAGGUUAAAUAUCUUGCAAAUUAUAACACCCUACAAAGACAGAUGUAAAUGACACAUUUACGAUAUGCCCUGCCUGUGAAAUGAGAUGGAUAUCCAUGUGGGACUAACACUUACAGGGCUAGCUGCAACAGUAUGGUAUGGGAUACUACUCUCUCUCACCAGGCUGCUCAUUUGAACACAAUAUUUUCCUCCAACUAUACCAGUGGGACUGGGACAAUGAAAAAUACAGCCAUUCAUUGUGAGUGUGUCUGUGCAUGUCAAAUAUUGUAUGACAUUCUUUACGGUAUAAAUAAAGUUAUGAAACAUUCUUUAUGGUAUAAAUAAAGUUAUGAAACAA